AUGGCCAUUCAUCCCAGACUUCGGCCUGACGCCUCCCAGGGCAGCCUGUCGCCACAGCAGACCCUGGCCAUCUCCGCGUGGACCGAGCAGGCCACGGCCUCAUUACAGGAUCUGACCCUCUUCGAGUCCACCACCACGAACGGACCCGACCCGACCUCCACACCCUCCCGUUCCACCCUGCGCGGCACCACUGUGUCACUGACCAUUCCGAUCGACGACCAGACGCUGACCGCAUCGUCUCAAGUCAAAGUCGUCACAUCGGGCGAGUCUCGGCCUCCAACGGUCAGCUUCCGCCGACGCGAACCCCUGCGUCGGGACAGCUUGAAGCGGCGCGAGGCCCUACUCAAGGGCAAGGAUGGAAGUCGGCGGCGGCAGCGCUGGGAAAACGACCGUCUGCUACACAACCCGUGGGCCGAGCCCCCAUCCCCACAUGACUGGACCAUUCAACCUACAUAUCCCCGCCACAACCCGAUGCCCUACUAUCUCGCACCGCUCUGGGACGUCCACUACGCAAAGAUGGCCGAUCACCACUCCGCCCGCAAGAACGCGCAGACCCCCGCAAAGCACCGCGUCCCCAAGGACCUGCGGCUGAAGCUCAAGCAUACCCGCGCCGCGCGCGGUAUGCUCCAGGACCUGGAAGAUGAUAUCCGUCUGUUCAUCCGCCAGUGGAACGAGAAGCAGGUCUUCCUAGCUAGCGAGGGUUUGGCUGAUGCGCCGGAGACGGAGGCUGAGGACUCGGAGGAUGAGAUUGUGUUCGUGGGACGGAACGGCCAGAUGCAUGAUGCGCCGGAGCGGCAGCAGAAGUUGCAGCAGAUGCGGGCGGAGAUGAACCUGCAUCAUGAACGGGAUGGUGAGAAGAUGGUGUUUGAGAGUUUGAUCGAUGACCGGGCUGCUGGCUUUGGUCGCUGGCUCGUGCACUCUAUUGCCUCCUACUACGGGCUGCAUACUUGGUCCGUUACCGUGGGAGAGCCUGCUCGCCGAGAAGCCUACGUGGGUUUCCGCCCGCCAGCCCCGGGCAGUCGAGCUGGACUCGUUACGCAUCCGACCUGCCGAGCUGAGGAGCUAAUCAAGCCUGGCGAGGAGCUUCCACAGCCCCUGUAUGCGCAGGUCUAA